AUGACUGAUCUUCAAAGUCCCUUCUCGAUGCAGCCGCCAAAACAAUCUCAUGACCCGAAAAUGAUUGGAUUGUGGAAAGUUGGCCGAACGUUGGGAAAGGGAUUUUCUGGUCAUGUUCGUAUAGCGCGACAUUCGAAGACUGGGCAAUACGCUGCUAUAAAGAUCAUCUCGAAGAGCUCGCUGGGAAGCAGGGUGUCUCUCAAUCGCCUCCCGGACGAGGUAGAGCACAACCUACUUGCUGUAGAGCGCGAAAUAGUGGUCAUGAAGCUUAUCGACCAUCCCAACAUCAUGAAGCUAUACGACGUUUGGGAGACAUCCAGCAGUCUAUAUCUCAUCCUCGAAUAUGUGCAAGGGGGAGAGCUCUUUGAAUACCUAUGCAGUAAAGGGCGCCGUCCUACGUCCGAGGCCCUUGGAUAUUUCCAGCAGAUUAUAUGUGCUGUCGACUAUUGCCAUCGAUUCAACAUUGCCCAUCGCGACCUCAAACUGGAGAACAUCCUCAUCGAUCAAGACUCCAACAUCAAGGUCGCUGACUUCGGAAUGGCGGCUUGGCAAGAUAGUGCACGAGGAAAUCUUCUUCGAACGUCAUGCGGAAGCCCACAUUACGCUGCGCCCGAGGUGAUCUCUGGAAAACCCUACAACGGCGCGACGGCCGAUAUCUGGUCCUGCGGCAUUAUUCUGUACGCCUUGCUAGCCGCCAAACUUCCUUUCGACGAUGACGACUGCCCUGCUCUCCUCCAAAAAAUCUCGGUUGGCCGUUUCGACAUGCCGACAGAUAUCGAACCACGAGCACAAGACCUUAUCCUGCGCAUGUUGACCACAGACGUGAAGAAGCGCAUAACCAUGCCCGAGAUCAUGCGGCAUCCAUUCUUCCUAUCUCAACCGCUCAAAAACCCCAAGUCCAUGUCGUCAGGUCUUAAGAUAGACAGUAUCGCGCACCCUAUUAGAAGUCAAUCCGCCAUUGACCCCGACAUUUUUGCGAAUCUACGAACCCUGUGGCAUGGAACGCAGGACGAGGAGUUGAUGGACGCCCUCAUGAACCCGGAACGUAACUGGCAAAAGGGAAUAUAUCACCUACUCCUCAACUAUCGGAAGAAACACGCGGAGGUGCGCCAAGAGUCGGAGGAGCUCCGAGCAAAGAUGGAACGGAGGAAAAGCAAGAGAGCCGAAAAGGCCGCAAAGGCGAUAGAACGGUCUCUUCCCCCUCGUGACGGUCCUCCUACUCCUCGCAGAGCGAGAGAUCGCGGCAUGAAGAGGUCUACGUCUGACGCAUCGUCCACUCGAAAUGAAACUGCUCCGAUCCCCCCUCUCAUCUCACUCUCUGUUCCAUCACCCGAAAGGCCUACUCGAGCCAAUUCACCUGCUGCCAUCGCAGUCGGCAUGGAACUCCCUGUUAUCACUGCUCCCGAACUCGAGGAUGAAAAGAUCCAAGUAUUCUUCCAACAAAUCGCGAACCACCUGAACGUUCUUCGAGCUAAAACCAAUUCCAUGGACGCUAACUCUCGCUCAUCGAGCCCAGCUCCUGCCUCAGAGUUGGGCGUUUUUCCUCCUGCAUUGAAACUACCAGAAAUACCGACAAUGCCGACAUCGUCUCCUCGCCGCGAUAUGGAAGUCGCACAAACUUCCACGCCACUUCGGAAGACUCCCAACGGUACGCGGCCUCUAUCUGUGCAGAAGAGUCGCCUGCCUCGUCCCAUAAUCACUACCUUCGACGCAGCAGACAAGGAGAACAAGGCACGCAUCACUGAGGCCGACCUUAUUCACCGUCGGUCCCCGCUGACUCCCCACAGCAUGACCAUGGGCGACAACAAGCGCUUGCAGGUCUUUGACUCGACACCCGCCCCCGUCUCGCGGAAACCCUCAAAGCUCAAGAAAAAGCGAUACUCAACCUCGCCCGUCUCACCCAUGUUCUCUGAUGCCGGAUCCUCCUUCACCGGCUCUCCGACGGGGUCAUGCGGGCCUCCGAAGCGCAGUUGGCUGGACAACGUCUUCAAGUUCAAGACCGCGACGUACAACCUCCUCUCUCGAUACGACGUUCACACUACGCGGAGCGAAUGCCGACGGCUGCUCGUCGAGAUGGACAUGCUGGUCUCGCUCGAAGACUCUGAGAAGCUGGGUGUUCUCAAAUGUCGUUCACAUGAUGUGAAGGACCCCAACAAUGCGUACGGACAGGCUGCCAAGUCUGUCAAGUUUCGUGUCGAGAUGCAGUGGCCGACUCCUCAACUCUGCCACGAUGGGUUUCUCGUCUCUCUCCUCCUUGUACAAGAGAAAGGGUCGCUCGACACUUUCAAGGGGGUCUAUGACCAACUGGUGAGGAAGUGGACCUUGGGUGAUCAGACCACCUCGUCCAGUAUGAUCUCCGGUGCUCCUUCUUCGACCAAUGCCGUUGGCGGAUGA